GUGUGAGAGGAAAAAGCAACACACUCGCGGAAGGUGAAGCAUGAAUUGGCAGAUUGACAUCCUUUCGCUCUUUGGGGAAUAAGGACCGCGCGUGUGUCUGUGCGCCCGCGUGCCAUGCGGCCCCACCCCUGCUCCUCUUCUGCCCGACUCCCUCAGGAUAUUUUUAGCGCUGCUGCUGCUGAUGAGCUCUGUCAAAUCACGUAACGGAAACAAGCUCAGAGCAGAAGCGGCGGAGCUGCUGUGCACAGUCCGGUUUUUACGGAGAAUCUGCCGGGGGAGGUGAGAUGAGAUUAGAAAUAAACUUGGUGUUCGUCGUGUUGGUGCUGCUGCUUACCGGCUCAACGCAGACAAGAGGUCAGAGCAGUGCUUUGCUCCCUGUCCUCCCUGGGAGUCAUACCGGCACCUCAGCAUCUCCUGACCGUGUGACAGGGGAUCCUGGGAAUGAGGGCCCGCAGGGGACACGUGAUCCUGCAGGAAAGGAUGAAACCUCCACUGAAACCAUCACCAGGGCUGAAGGAACAGUCAGAUCAGAUAAUGUCACUGAUGCAGCAUUUAAAUCCCACUUGUUGAGCACAAGCUCUGCAGCUGCAACAUCUGCACACACCGAUGGAGCCGUGGUCAUGAAGGCUCACACAGGUGCUGCCUCUUCUCCAGCUGGCGCCCACAGCCUUUCAUCCACGCCUAUGGCGCACAGCCCCACCCCUCUGCAUCACGUCUCCACCACUGAGGACAGGAAGCCCAGGGCCACAGAUCCCACAGCCACCUUUUCAUCUCAGCCAGCCCGCACGGUGCCGAUUAUGAGCUCCACCACCCAGUCACAGGCCAAAUCCCAGCCCACAGGCCGCCCUCCCACCUCAGCUCCAGUCCCUGUGGGGCCAAAACACCGGGAGGCCCCAUCUGAACUCAACGUUGGAGAUGAAGAGCUCAAGGGGCCCCGGUACCACCCGAGCUCCCGUUUGGACCCCCUGCUGGCUGGUCUGCUGUCAGUGUUCAUCGUCACCACUGCCAUCGUCUUUGUCGUCCUCUUCCUGAAGCUCCGCCAGCGGACAAACCACCCCGAGUUUCAUCGGCUGCAGGAUCUCCCCAUGGAUGAUUUGAUGGAGGACACACCGCUCUCCAGAUACACUUACUGAGGGACGCGUCCUGUCAGUCAGAGGCAACAGAAGCAACGCGGACACCACAGGAAGAAUAUCUGGACACGAGCAAAGCUUUUACCUGAUGCAGCUGCAUCACUGCUGAUCAGUGUGUUGGGUCAGCGGUGAAAACGUUUCUCGGAUGCUACGGAAGAACGAUUGUUUUACUCAUUUAAAUACGACGGUUUUGUAAAACUUCAACUAUUUUUCCACAUUCCCUCUAAAGUACAGGAGAUCUUCAGUCAGGUGGGAAACGUAUGUUUUCUAUGUAUCCCCUGACUUGACUCCCUAUGUACGCACAGCACUUUAAUGUGGCACGUAUGGUCACACUGCCCUCUAGGGGACAUUUGGGGUUAUGUGGAUCAAGGUUGCACAUGGUCCCUUAUUGUAAAUGAACUGACCACCUCAGGUUAUGAAGGGAGACAUUAGAGAGUGAUGGGUAAAGAUCGAGAAUGCAAAGUGCUUUGAGACACGUUGAAAAGUUGUCAUCACGCCCCCAAAUGAUUAAAGAACUUGAAUUAUGAUCUUUUAGGUGACCAAAUAUUAGUGAAGUGCACUUUCACACCAUAUUGCCAGGUCGCACGUGUUGUCUUAAAGCCACAGUGUUGCUGCACAAAAAAUGAAAAAAAGGCAAGCGAUAUACAAUUGAAAAGCCAUGUAUUUUGGAAAAACGGUUAAGUAAUACACAAGUUAUAGAUUAUUAAAGUGUUUUCGUGAACUAACCAAUUUACCCCAAAUUAUGUGGCCAAUAUUUAUUGUUGCGUUGCAGCCUUUAAUGUUUACUUAUCUGUGUUGUGGAACUUGUAUCAUCAUAGUCUGAUGCAAAUAUAUAAAACUUGAAAUUGGUUAUUCUGCUUUUAUUGAUGAAUAUUUAAUCCACCACAAGACCCUGCUACACUAAAUAACCACUAAAUAUGAGUCAAAUGUCAUGUCAAGCAGCAUCAGGGACGGGUUUUUUUGUUACCUGUAGCUGUAUUAGUUUGAAUAUUGUGCAGAUGUGCUUGACCUUAAAUUAUGUAUUAGAGAUGUUAACCUAGUAUUACUUUACUACUGCAUUAAGUGCCAUUAGUUAGUUAGUAGAUUUUAUUUGGACAUGGACGUGACAAUGUCAUUGGACGAACCAGAUGCAUUGUUUACAGUGUGUUAGCAUAAAUGCUAGUUUACAACACCUGUCCACAGGAGGCUAUGUUAUGUAUAUAUAUAUGCCCUUGAAAGGUAGACUGUAAGAAUUUAUUGAUAUAUGUCCUGUUUGAUAAUAAAAUAGAAACCACAGUAAAGUUG